ACGCGUCGGGGAUCGCCAAUGCAAAUGUGUAUGCUCCCUCACUGCCAUCUAGUUUUGCUCCCUCACUGCCAUAGAGAGGGAAAGAGAGUGGAGAAAGACGAGGAGCGGGGAGACGAUUCUUAAACGUAACAAUACAAACGUGGCUUCACUGGUUUUGGAUAUAAAAUAGGAGCGAAUAUUUUAGAUUUCAGAAUACGUGGGAGAGAGAUUCGACCCUGAAUCUGAUAGCGUUCUGUAUGAUAACACGCAGUCUCGAACCGUCGACAUCCAAGGUUUUUCCAAGAAACUACUUGCUUCCAGGGCUUGCUAGCUGUUCUGUUCCCUUGGAGAUUACUGUAAAGUCUGGCGCUGCUGUGACACAUCUGAGGGAUCUGAUUACACAGUGGUCCUUUUGGUUACCAGUCCAAAGGCAUGGCUAUAAACCACAAAGAGUCAUUAACCAUCUAAGGCUGCAGCCAGGUAGCCUACCUACUGUGUGACUGGACUGAUGGGGCCUUGGGAAGGUUAUAAUGAGGUUUUAACCCUCACCCUUCUCUCUGGAAUGGUGGCUCACUAAGGGUCAAAGAGCCACCAGCUGAACAGUGGGGAUGGCCACGGCCCUCUACAGGCUGCGUUGCUUCCUGCGGCGAGCUCAGAUGCUCCUCCUCUUCCUGGGGAUCGCCUACCUGAUGGCGGGGAGCAUCCUGCUGCUGCAGCGCUCCAGCCUGACCCUAAAGACCGCUCAGCCACCAGGCGACGCCAGUCUCCCUUCUCUCAUGGCACUGCCAGCACCUCCCACAGCCGUGAGGGCCUCCCCCGGCCUGGGCCUGAGGGCGCGCUCCAGAUGGGCAGCCACCCAGGGUGUGUUGGGUGGUGGAGGGGGCAUCAAGACGGGGAGACACUGGCCCACGUCCCGACACCUGGGGGUCCAACACCUGCACCACCGCUGGUUCCACGGUCUCAUGCCAGACACGCAGGAGCAGAGAGGUCCUCUACAACGCAAUAAAAGGCACAAAGGGACCUACAUGGGCUGCUUCAUGCAUGAUGCCAAUGAACGAGCCCUGGGGGGAACCAUGCUGUAUGAUCUGCGCAAAAUGACCAGCUCUUUGUGUCAAGACACCUGCUCAGAAAGUGGUUACCGGUUCGCAGGUCUGGAGUACGGAGCAGAGUGUCACUGUGGUAACCGCAUCAGCAGCCCGCAGGCCCAGGAGGAGGAUUGUAGCCUGGGCUGCAGAGGGGAGAGGGGGGAGAGGGGAGCACCCUGUGGGGGCGUGGGGCGCCUCUCCAUCUACAAGGUGGAGGAACAGCUCCCAGGACAGAGGAAAUUCAGAAACGUCCGCUACAGUGGCUGCUUCAAGUUGCCCAAAAACAUCACCAUAGUCUUCCCUGUCUACUCCCUCCAGUCAAACUCCACGUCACAGUCCUGCAUCGAGACCUGCACAGAUAAGGAGCUCCCACUGGCUGUGUUGAGGAACCCACACUGUUACUGUGCCUGGGCCUCAUCUCUGUUUAGACUGAACCAACGUCUGCCACCAGACCAGCCAUGUCUGGAGACCAACGGCACAGCACACACAGUUGCCUCCACAUCCCGGGCGGGCCCAUACUACUACCAGGUCUACCAGACACCUGUGCUUGACUCCAGGUGCAAAGAGAGGAUGUUUCUACCUGAGAGGUCCACCUCCCUGGUGGCUCUCUCCAGCUUCCCCGGAGCUGGCAACACCUGGGUACGCCACCUGAUCGAGCUCGUGACGGGCUACUACACUGGCAGCUUCUACUUUGAUGGCACACUUUACAACAGAGGUUUCAAAGGGGAGAAGGACUACUGGAAGAGUGGGCGUAGCAUCUGUGUGAAGACCCAUGAGAGUGGGCAGAGGGAGAUCGAGAUGUUUGACUCUGCCAUAUUACUGAUCCGGAACCCCUACCGUUCCCUCAUGGCAGAGUUCAACAGGAAGUGUGCCGGACACCUUGGCUAUGCCACAGACAAACAGUGGAGGAGCAAAGAGUGGCCAGAGUUUGUUGACAGCUAUGCCCCCUGGUGGGCGUCCCACGCUCUGAGCUGGCUACAGUUUGGCCGUCGCCUGUUGGUGGUGCACUACGAGGACCUGCAGAGGGCGCUCUUUCCCCAGCUCCGCCUCCUCACCUCCUUCCUCAACGCCACCAUAACGGAGGAGAGGCUGAUGUGUGCCCAGAGCAACCAGGACGGUCACUUCAAACGCUCUGGUAGGGCCCAGCGGCCCUCCUUCGACCCCUUCACAGCAGAGUUGAGGAGCACCAUUGACUCCUACAUCCACACAGUGGACCAGGCCCUGAGGGACAGGAACUACAGCGGCCUGCCGCACGACUACAUACCCAGGUGAUCCUCCUCAGCUGAUCCAAACUGGAGUCCAAAAGGACACGUCAACAAAUAAAGGGGAGGGGGAAGGUGUAAUCUCUGCCACCACUCCAAAGGUCCAGUCUAGUCAUUAGCAUGGUUGGGUGAAAGGUUUUUACAUGUGUUGGAGAAUUCUGUCAGCUACAGAACAUUUUCAGAAGAGUGACUCAGAGGGAAAGUGACUGUAUGAACACACCAAUGGGUAAUUGUUUGACACACUUGACAUGUCCAACCCACCGUGAGUGGCUGCCGAGAGUGUAGUAACAUGGAGUUAAACGUCAGUGUAAACUGUCAGUGUCACUGGGAUGAAAACAUGGCUGAACAUUACAGCUCCUGCUGAAAGGUCUCAGGGCAAGAGCCAGACUCUCUCUAUUGGAAGAAAAGGGAAACAUCCCCCUUUUCACUGCAGGCGUUGGGAGUAUGGAGCAAGUGCCUGUCUGCAAAAACAAUUCAAUCAAGCAUUGUAGGCUCUGAGGCUUUUAGCUUUACAUGGAAUCUUUAGGUUAUUUCUAUUUGUUUGGGAUUUUUGUCAUGUUUAAUAUCAGUUUUACUGGUAGAGGGCAGUUAAACACAAAAUGUGCCAUUCAACAAUGUUAUUCGGAUCGUUGUAAUGGACUUAUGCCAAUUAAAUCUCCAUAUGUUUAGCUCUAUUGUCUGCUUUUUCAUUACUGCUGGUGUUCGGUCAUAUACAGGCAAUUCUACAAAUGUAUUCCUGGUGGUUUGUAUGUUUGUAAGUGCGUUCCAUCUCUCUGAGAGACCUAAAGUGACAUGACAUUGUGAACAGGCCUUUUGCAUCACGUUCUGUACCAUAUCUUGUUCAAAUUGUGGCUGUGAAUCUUGGUCAAAUAGGUUUCUAAUGUUUAUCAGGGAGAGUGUAGGCUACCUCGUGAGAAUAGAAUACUUACACUUGAAUGCAGUUUCCCAAAUUAUAAUUUUAAUUGCAUGCCUUAUUGUUCAGUCUGUGACGGCAAAACAACAAGUCAACACAUUGGAAAGAUAAUGUCCAGAUUGUCUGUUUAUCUUAAAAAAUGCCGAACAAAAAAUGUGUCAUAUUAAUAAAUCUAAAAGCUGGAUCCAUGCACA